CCCUCACUUAUUCUCUCCACUCUCUUUUCUUGACUCCUCCUCUCCCUCUCGGCCUAGAUAAUGAGCAGUUGGCCCGGUCAGGCACCAACUGUCUGGAGAACGUGGUCAUCCUGAAUGGAGAGAAGUUUACUCCGGAGACCUGGGACAAGACCUGUAACUGCAUGCUGGACAUCUUCAAGACCACCAUCCCACACGCGCUGUUGACAUGGAGACCAGCAGGAGCAGAGGGAGAUCCCAUGACACCACAGGACAUAUCAGACAGACAGCUGGACUCAAUUUCCCAGAAGUCCGUGGACAUCCAGUCCCAUUCCGAGGACCAGCAUUCCAUCAACAGCGCAGAGAGGGUUGCCAUGGAGACCCGGCGGCAGAAGAUCCAGGAGCAGAGGUUAUUCUCAGCCUUGCUCAUUAAGUGUGUGGUGCAGUUGGAGCUGAUCCAGACCAUAGACAACAUGGUCUUCUUCCCUGCGACCAGCAGGAAGGAAGACGCUGAGAACCUGGCUGCUGCACAGAGAGAUUCUCUGGACGCAGCAGACAUACUAGUGGAUACCCAGGACCAGGGAAUGUACCGCUACCUGACCUCAGAACAGCUGUUCAAGCUGCUGGACUGUCUGCUGGAGUCCCACCGCUUCGCCAAAGCCUUCAACGCCAACAACGAGCAGAGGACCACUCUCUGGAAGGCAGGUUUUAAAGGGAAGUCAAAGCCCAAUCUGCUGAAGCAGGAGACCAGCAGUCUGGCGUGUGGCCUGAGGAUCCUGUUCCGGAUGUACACUGACGACAGCCGUCAGACUGCCUGGGAGGAGGUCCAGAGACGGCUGCUCAAGUAAGGAAGGACCGCCACGCCGCACCACCAUAUCACUGAAUGGCGCUUGUCAAACUAUACAAAUGGACUCUGCAGUUCUUUUCUACUGCUUCCUGCUGUUGUUCUGCUCCUCUCCCUCUCACUAACGAGCCUUUCACCAUGUCACGACAAUCCCUGAUCAUCCUCUCACUGCACACACAAACCUCCCUCAUGGAGCUGUGUGUGAUGGGGGGAAUUACUGUAUUUUCACAUAUGUCUGAAGGAUGCCCAGAAUGUGCUCUCGAUUUACAAAAAUAUUUUAUAACUAAUUUGCUGCUUUGUUGUGGGUGGAACUCUCUGCAAACAUCACUUUUAUUGAAAUCCUAUAAAUGGAACGUCUGGAGUAUUUAAGAACCAGGCAGCAGGCAGCUAUCUACCAGAAUAAACAACUUUCAUAAUUUUUCAUGAGGGGGAGCAAGGGCAUGUCAGA